AUGACUGUAGACAAUCCAUUCGUUUUUUUUUACAUCCUUCUGCUUGUUGCUAUCCUGCUGUAUCUACCAUGUUUGUUCUGGCGCUUCACCGCAGCACCUCACCUUUCUUCAGAUCUGAAAUUUAUUAUGGAAGAACUUGACAAAGCCUAUAACAGGGCAAUCAAAGCUGCUAAUAGCAUCCGCAGCGGAGACCCCAGGGAUCCUGCUGACUUGGUUCCAGCUGUUAAUGAGAACUUGACGCAGAGUUUAUGGGAAAUAUCUGAAAGCCACUUUAAAUACCCAAUUGUGGAGCAGUACCUGAAGACGAAGAAGAAUUCCAAAUGCUUAAUAAUUAAAUACAUUAUCUGCCGUUUACUCACUCUAGUAAUUAUUUUCAUUGCAUGCCUCUACCUGGGCUACUACAUUAGCCUCUCCUCUUUGAGUGAUGAGUUUCUUUGCACUAUCAAAACUGGGAUCUUAAAGAAUGACACAACUGUUCCAGAAGUGGUUCAGUGCAAGCUUAUUGCUGUUGGUGUCUUCAAGGUACUCAGCUAUAUUAACCUGCUAGUCUAUCUUCUAGUGAUGCCGCUGGUAGUGUAUGCAAUGUUUGUUCCGUGGAGGUGGAAUUCAGGUAUUCUCAAAGUGUAUGAAAUCCUGCCAACUUUCGAUGUUCUGAAACUCAAGUCAAAGUGUUUUGAUGACUUAAGCCUUUACCUCCUCUUUCUUGAGGAAAACGUGAGUGAACUUAAAUCAUUUAAAUGCCUCAAAGUGCUGGAGAACAUUGCAGUUUCUGAGAAGUUUGAUGUUAUGCAACUUUUGGUAAACCUUGGUACUAUUAAGACAGAUACCGUGGAUGGGAAGCCAGGGACAGCUGUGUUGGCGAAGCCUGAAGAAACAACUACAGAAGAGCUGGGAAAAAAUGCAACAGAGCUACAAG